UAUUUUUAGUUUCGCUAUUCAUGUUUCGCGCAUAACGAGAUAAAGAAUGCUCUAUUCGCUUUUAUAUCAUUUGCGAUCUGUCUGUUUCAAGUUCAGGCUGAAAGAAGAAAUAUCGCGUUUAACACAACAUAUGUAACAUAUGUUGUGUUCGUCGAGUAACCAUAGCAAUUUCGAAAGCCUCGACAUUCCGCUGCUCGGUGCUUCCAACCCCUCAAACGGGGUGAAAUCUUCACCCCCUGCGCGAAGGUAAUGCACACAGACACGUACGCCCGCGCGAAAUGUGUACAACCACAUAAACAAGGGACAUUAAUAGGACGAUACGUGUAUGAUAUAUAAGUAUUGCCUUGCUAUCUACCGGUCAGUAUAUGUCACGUCGCUGUCGCGGAAAAGCUACCGAUUCGAUUGAGAACAAUUCGUUCGUACGAACAUUUUCCGACAAUUGAACACGAUAAAAACUAUUAAUAAGCUACAAACACGUGAAUCGCAUCGUUCCAUCUCGCUUUCUUCGCUUCAUUUCAUGCCUGGAUCUUUCGUCCAUAGUCUAUCGACCGGUGACGAUUUAAAGAAGAAAGGAUGAGCAGUCUUCGUAUGAAAUAAUUUUAACAAACAUUUAGAAAUAUUACGAAAAAGCACAAAAGUGUUGAAGAAUCAAACUGAUGAAUAAAAGCAAACAUAAGCAGAUUGCGAGUGACAACGCACAGAUAAUCGAUUUAACUGUGAAUCCUGAAGGAUUGACAAAUGUACUUCGGAACGCCCUGCGAAAUCCAAACUCCGCUCUGACGAUUCAGCAUCAUGCUACGUUGCGCAAAUAUACGCACGAGACGAUUAAAUGGGCGGGUUAAAGUAUCACUUGCAAAGUGUCCUCUCCCGCAUCUACGUCUUCUCCUGUGCUUAAGGGUGUUUUGAGCGCACGACUCUCUGACCACCGGCGCGCUUUUGUGAGCGGAGUCGAGCUGCGGCUCCAUUCAUAAUUGAACGACCGCCGCAACCAACUGUCGAGGCCGCUACCGCCACUAUCCGAGCCAUCAACACUGAUCGAUGCUCGUUUUUUCGCGAUUAACUAUCAGACGCGAUCAAGAAAGCUCAUCCGCGAACUGUCCGGCAGCGCGCGCGCGACGCACAUUCGUACGACGUCACGAAAUCAUCGCGCUACGCUCGAAAUGAUUCUUCCGCGUGGCAGAGAACUCUUCAACCUCCUGUUGCGUGUGACAGCCGACGAGUAAUCGUCGCAUGGAAAUUCGUUGUUUCCGGAGAGAAAGAUGUUAUCGGAUCGGCCGACGUUCCGAGCACUAUCCGUCAUGAGUCUUCCGGACGUACUUUGUGUGAGCGCGCCUUGAAAGAGACUCGAAGCUCGGCAUGGAUGAUAACAAGCUGCAAGUAGACGAUGACAGCCAGGUAUACUUAGCACCGUUCCAAAAAUCGGUUUUGCAUCCCGCGCAUGUGAGAAUAUUUCUCAUACCCGACCGCGAACGGAGGCCCAGCAGCUGGAACGCGUUUCCUCAUCCUGACGACAACAGCCCGGUCGAGCAUCAUAUCAACGAGUCGAGCGGGAACCUUUCCUCCCGCGUGUCCUCCGUCAAGUCGACGCCGACGAAGGUGGGCCGCGCGCCGAAAUCACCGGAGCUGAUCGGCUCGAUCUGCCGGAGCAAGGAGAUCAUUUACGAGCCGGACAAAAACGGCCUGAUCGGUGGAACGCCCAGCGUCAAGAGAAGACUCUCGAGGUCCAGCGUAUACCCGUCCGGGACGAACCUGAUCGCACAGGAUGCGUUUGGUCCUAAGCUCACAAUGCCCGCCACGCCGGAAAUCAACCACCCCUCGCUACCGGAUACGCCAGUUUCGCUGGAUUUCGUCGAGGCUACUGGGGAUUCGUUGCCGUCGAAGGAGACCGAAGGGAUCGAUCCCGAUAUACUUUAUUUCCGCGACGGUCAUCGAAGAAUCGACAUGGUAUUGGUCUAUCAGGAGGAGAACGAGGGGGUCAUGACUGAGAUAGAAGCUCGUCGGCGGGAGCAAAGACGAGUUUUUCAGCAGAAUCUUUUGAAAGAGGGCCUGCAAUUGGAAUUAGAGCCGAAGGAAAAUUCGUUCGAUGGAAAAACGUAUUUCUUUAAGUUGCACAUACCUUGGAAAAUCAAAGUGCAAUAUGCCGAAGUAAUGGGGCUGAAAUUACCUACGAAAAAAUUCAAAACGAUCCCUGUGCAAACCUGGGAUACAGACGGUGCCAAAGAAAUGUCAAAGUUCUACGAGAGAUGGACGCGAUGGACCAAGUGGAUAUACAAACUACAUUUGUGGGAUACAACGAAACAUCCGCAGGAACCGAAUUUUUAUCACUACAUAGAUUCCAGUGAUCGCGAGGAGAGGUUCAUCAUUAAGGAAAGGGACAAUGCCUACACGCCUGCUCAGAGAUCAUUGAUAGUGAUGCAAAUAUUAUUACGGGCGAGGUAUGAUGAGACUCACGAAAAGUCCGGUAUUCGCAGACUUUUAGCAGACGGAACAUAUCUCGACUGUUUCCCUUUGCACGAAGGUCCCUACAACAAGCCCAUGCGCAGCGGAGAAAUUCUUGAUAGACAUUUAUUGUAUUUAAUAUGGGCAAGACCCGGGAUGUGGUACAAAAAACAACCACUAUGGUUAAUAAGACGAUACUUCGGUGAGAAGGUUGCUCUUUAUUUCGCCUGGCUGGGAUUUUACACGAAAGCUUUAUAUCCGCCGGCAGUAGUGGGACUUUUAUGCUUUAUUUAUGGCCUUGGUAGCAUGGACGGCGAAGACAAUAUCCCCAGCAAGGAAAUUUGCGAUAAUACUGUAGCUGGAAAUAUCACUCUAUGUCCUCUUUGUGACAAAGCGUGCACCUAUCAAAGACUCGGUGAUUCCUGUAUAUUCUCAAAAUUGACGUACUUAUUCGACAAUCCCGCGACUGUCUUCUUCGCCAUUUUUAUGUCUUUCUGGGCUACCACAUUUCUCGAACUCUGGAAACGGCGCCAGGCCGUAAUUGUCUGGGAAUGGGAUCUUCAAAAUGCUGAUUACGAUGAAGAGCCCAGACCUGAAUUCGAGACGUCUGUUAAAACGUUUCGAACCAAUCCUGUAACAAAGGAAAAAGAACCGUAUUUGCCCAUAUGGUCCAAAGCCAUACGAUACCUCGCUACCGGCUCGAUGGUCUUUUUCAUGAUAUGCGUAGUCCUCGGCGCAGUUUUAGGGACAAUCGUAUACCGCAUCUCGCUAGUCGCCGUCUUUUAUGGCGGAGGUGGCUCUUUCCUGCAAAGACACGCAAAGAUAUUCACUUCCAUGACUGCCGCCCUUAUCAACUUGGUGAUAAUAAUGAUUCUCACGCGAAUAUAUCAUCGACUGGCACGGUGGAUGGUCAAUAUGGAGAAUCCGAGGACGCAGACGGAAUACGAGGCUAGCUAUACGUUCAAGAUCUUUUUAUUCGAGUUUGUCAACUUUUACUCCUCCUUAAUUUACAUUGCGUUCUUCAAGGGAAGAUUUUUCGUCCAUCCCGGCGACGCGGAUGCGAGAGUCUCGGAUUUUUAUCGCAUCAAGACGGAUGUAUGCGAUCCCGCCGGUUGCCUCUCGGAGGUCUGUAUUCAGCUCGCGAUCAUUAUGGUCGGCAAGCAAUGCUUCAAUAACUUUGUCGAGAUCUUGUCGCCAAAAUUAUGGAAUUGGUGGCGCAAGAGAACACAGGUCGCGGCGACGAAGAACCACGAUCGAAGGUACACCUGCUGGGAAAAGGAUUAUCAAUUGCAGGACCCGGGAAGAUUAGCCUUGUUCGACGAAUAUUUAGAGAUGAUUCUGCAGUACGGAUUCGUGACGUUGUUUGUGGCGGCGUUUCCACUGGCGCCUUUAUUCGCUUUAUUAAAUAACAUCGCUGAGAUAAGACUGGACGCUUACAAAAUGGUAAAAGAAGCCCGAAGACCGUUGGCCGAGCGUGUAGAGGAUAUUGGAGCUUGGUUUGGCAUUCUUAGGGGUGUCACAUAUGUGGCUGUGGUGUCCAAUGCCUUCGUUAUCGCGUACACAUCCGAUUUUAUUCCACGAAGCGUGUACGCGUUCGUUUACUCGCCCACCGAAAAUCUGGUGGGUUAUAUCGACAGCUCCUUGUCAGAAUUCAAUACUUCCGAUUAUCGCGACGAUAUGAAGAGCCUCGUGGAGGAUGAACAUCCGGAGACAUGUCAAUAUCGGGGCUACAGAAACGGCCCGGACCACUUUGAUCCCUACGGGCUCAGUCCGCAAUACUGGCACGUUUUCGCCGCUCGUUUAGCAUUUGUUGUUGUCUUCGAGCACGUUGUUUUUGCACUUACCGGUAUUAUGAGUUACGUGAUACCGGCUGUACCGCAUUCUCUGUCGACGCAGCAGCAACGCGAGCGACUGAUCGCUCAGGAGGAAAAAUACGAGAAGGAAAUAAGAGGCAAAGAGGACGAGGAUGAUUUACUUUCGGUUCUGCGGGAGGCUGGAAGCAUCGGCAGAGGCAGCUGGGCUAGGCGAUUUAGCAAAUUGAGCGAUGUUGUAGACACUGGUCACGCCGACGGUGUCAUCAGGCAUAGCCGGCGCAGCGACAGCUCCACAGUAUGGGAAGUCCCAUAAUCGAGCGUCGUCUCUGUCAUAUACAUUCCAAAAUCAUUAAACUCGACUAUAUAUUGGAAAAUAAUGAAAGGAAAAAGGAAAAGAAUAAAGUCAGAUGGUAUGUUGUCUAUCCGCUGUAUCCAAAUGAUUUAUAUAACUCAAAUUCUGCAAACUCGCUCUCGCACACCUUCCUCGCAUCCUCCUUAUUAUCACGCUGCGCUGCGAAGGAAUACAGAUAUGAGGUGAGAAUUGUUACACACACACACACACAAGUGCUACAGAAUAUUACUUUUUUAUUUUACAUAAUGCCAUAUUUCUUUUCCUAGAAAUUAUUUUUACAAUCGCUAUUAUAAAGAAUAUAUUUAUAGUAAUAUACAUUAUAGUAAUGUAUUCUCCCUUUCACUUGCUCACACCACACACACACACACACGCGCGCGCACACACACACAUUCUCUCUCUCUCCCUCUCUUCUUUUCUCUCUCUCACAUACACAGCAUACUUAUACGUAGUCCUUUGUUGGUAUUGAUACCACUUAUAUGCGUGUACUUAUUCGUAAAUUCAUUUCAAUACACAUCACUUUCUUACGUCUGCUACAUUAAAAUCUAAACGUCUAAUUACAUUAACGCAUUUUUUAUAUUCAAACUAUAUCACAGUUGUGUUUGGGGGAGACACGGGGAUUUAAGAAAAGGAAGGAAGCCAUUCAGGUAACUGAAAUUGAGCAUAGU